AUGGCUGCUGUUGCUGCGCAAGACGCUUCCUCCUCACUUUACUCUCUCCUCAUCUUCCCUUCUGCCCCCCCCUUGCCACCCCCCAGCUUCUCUUUCCUUGACAGAGGGGAAGAGGCUGUGGAGGAGACAGCAGGGGAAGAGGCUGUGGAGGAGACAGCAGGGGAAGAGGCUGUGGAGGAGACAGCAGGGGAAGAGGCUGUGGAGGAGACAGCAGGGGAAGAGGCUGUGGAGGAGACAGCAGGAGAGACUGUGUGUGAGCAAGCUGAACCACAGCCUAAGCCUGCAGGCAAGAAGAAACGCAGAAACAGAAAGAAGAAUCGAAUGGUCGAGGUAGAGCUAUCCGGACCAGCGUACGCAAACCUGCAAUAUCAGGCGAGAAGAGCGAACUGCUUCUAUCCAAAGGGGAGCGAGCGGGAGGGAGAGCCAGACGUAGAAAGGUUCUUGAACGAGGUUGGUCAGGGUCUCCACCAGUUGGAUCCGGUUCCGAAGCCAAGUCCUACAUUCGAGACUGUAUGGAAGGAGGUGAAGGCGGAGCUACAGCUGCCGUCAGAUUGCAACCCCACCAAUAUUGAGGAGAUCGAGGAUGAGCGGGCUAUGCGGCUCCACAUGAAAAAGGCUCAACAGGCAUGCAUGCCUUAUCUAGACAUGAUCAUAGUAUCUGCUGCAUCCUUUUACGGCAAGGGGAAACGCGCCGAAGAGUAUUUGGGUUUUUUUGAAGAGUUGUACAGCCCGGAAAGAAUUGGCGGCUACCUGAACAAGGACGGUGGGGCAAGCGAUGACGAGAAAGUGAAUUCUCAGAUGGGGAUGUGCUAUUUGGUAAGGAGCCCAUUGUUCAGGGAAAGGGUUCAAGAGUUGUGUUUGCUAGGGAUGAUGUAG